AUUCUCAUACUUCAUUUACAUCUCUCUUUUAUUUGUUCGUUUAGAAUUUAACAAGAUCUUGCUAAUAUUUCCGGAAAUGAAAGUUUUAAUUUCUUGUACAUGUAAAAUAAAGGAAAUUUUGAAUAAUUAUCAUAAACUCUAACAAUCUUGCUUGUAGAUUGCUAGUGCUUACCAUCAUGCUUAACAUCGUGCUUGUAGAUUAAUAGUGCUUAGCAUCAUUUUGAAUAAUUAUCGUAAACUCUAACAAUCUUGCUUGUAGAUUGCUAGUGCUUAACAUCGUGCUUGUAGAUUAAUAGUGCUUAGCAUCAUUUUGAAUAAUUAUCGUAAACUCUGAAAUCUUGCUUUGUUCAUUACUUGCAAAUUCAUUUUCGGACUGGAUACAUGCUUGCUAGAAAAAUGAGAUUGUAGCUAUUUUUCUCAUCUAAUAAUUCUUGUUUAUGGUUUAUGUUUACUCUGGGAAAAGCAAAGUGGUGAAAAUGUUAAGCCGGAUUUUGGAGCCAAUUUUGACAAAGGUAUGGGAGUCAAUUUUGUCAAAGUUGGUUGAACAAACGGCGGAUAAUGCACACAACAAUCUCAAAAGUAUAAAGGACUUUGAGCUCAAUCUAAAAGCUCUGCAGAAAAAGUUGAAGUCAUUGAGUGCUAAGGCAUCUGAUGUUGAGGAGCAAAUCAAGAACUCAGAGCUUUCUGGUCGAAAGAAAAGGAAGCGCGAAGUUGAGGAGUGGUUGGAAGAAGUGAGGUCCAUUGAAAAUCAAGUUGUUGAGUUGGGGACUCAGGUGGAAUCCGAAGGAUUUAUUGUGAGAUUGAUGGAUGGAGGGUUUUUAGCUAAACUAAAUGAUGAGGUUGACUCGCUUGUCGUGCAAAGUCAGAAUUUUGGUGAACUUGUCCUUGAUGUUUGUGGAAGUAGGGGAGAUAAGUUGUUGACAAAUGGGAUGGUUGGUGAAGCUUUUCAUGAAAAUUUGGAAACGAUUUUGAAACAUUUGGAGAGUAGGCAAGUGUCGAGCAUUGGUGUUUAUGGUAUGGGUGGUGUGGGCAAAACGACACUGGCAAAGCACAUCAACAAUCGACUCCUCCAAGACUCUCAGGGACGUGUGAUUUGGUUUACAGUCUCUCAAGAAUUUAGUGUUACGACUUUACAAGAUAAAAUUGCUCGUUAUAUAGGUUUGGACUUUGGGGGUGAGGAUAAUGAAGACAUAAGGGCAGCGAGACUCCAUACAACUUUGUCUCAGAUGAAGAAUUCAGUGCUGAUAUUAGAUGAUGUGUGGGAAAAUAUUGAUCUUUCAAAGGCUGGAUGUCCCAUUUCUGUUGAGUGUUGUAGGCUAAUUAUAACUACUCGCUCCUUAGAAGUGUGUCGUCGAAUUUGUUGCCAAAAAGUGAUUCAAGUGAAAAAUCUACAUUGUCUUGAGGCAUGGGAACUGUUCAAUGAAACGCUAAGAAAUGAUAUUGAACUUGAUUCUUCGGCAGAAGAAAUUGCUAGAUCUGUGGCAAAAUUGUGUGGUGGUCUGCCCCUAGCAAUUGUUACGGUGGCUGGAAGCAUGAGGGGCGAGAGAGCCAUUCAUACAUGGAGAAAUGCUUAUGUAGAAAUAAAAGACCGUGUCUCAGGGAAUGAUGGCAUGGGAGACGGCGAUGUUUAUAAAGUAUUGAAAUAUAGUUUUGAUCGGUUGAAUAGGAAUCGUCAUAGUCAGAGUAAUGAGUUCAAUGCAUUGCAACAUUGUUUUCUGUAUUGCGCGUUAUAUCAUGAAGAUGAAGAAAUAAGUAGAGAGUGUUUGGUUAGAGAGUUCAUUUCAGGAGGGUUGGUGGAUGAAAGAAAGACAAGGAGAGCGCAGAUUGAGCAAGGACAUUCCAUAUUGGAUAAAUUAGUGAAUGUGUGCUUGUUGGAAAGUUGUCAUACUGAACUGGUGAAGAUGCAUGAUCUGUUACGAAGUAUGGCAUUGAAGAUAUGUGAGGGGAAAUAUAUGGUAAGAGCAGAUGAUAAGUCUUCGAAGAUGAAGAAAGACAUUGCCUCGCCCUCCCAAAAUUAGAACGAGUACGGUUACAUGAUCUUCCAAGACUGAGGAAGGUGGGGAUAUCACUAUCACGAGUUCCCAACCUUGAAGCUAUUUCUGUGACUAAGUGUAGAGGAUUAGAAGAUGUGUUCGAUGAUGAAGGAACAGGUUCCCUCACCCUCCCCAAAUUAAUAGAGUUGAGGUUGGAAGAACUUCCAACACUGAAGAGCCUAUGCAAGGGAACAACCAUCAUUUGCAACUCCAUUGAAGAUAUCUGUAUAAAAGAGUGCCCAAGAUUGAUGAACAAACUUCCUGUGGUUGUGGAUUCGGCUGUGCCUCGACGAUGUCAGAUAAAGGUGAACACAGAACUGUGGGAAUCAUUGAUGUCGGACAAUCCCAACCUCUCUAUUUUCGAAAGGUGGUGGUAAAUAUUUUAUCUUUAAUUAUUGAUGCAUUGAAUGUUUCUGGAUUCAUGUUUUAUAAUAACACGACACAUAUCCUUUGCUUAUGCGUCAA